AGACCAAUAAGAAGCCAGCUAGCCAACAGCCAAUCAAAAUCUGCCUAUAUCGCUUUUCGCGAGGUUAAUGCGUAUUAAUUAAGAUAAUGGCUCUGGAUCUUUCAAGUGUAAAUGAUACUUCUUUUGGAGAUCCUUACUCAAGUACAAUGUACAAUAGUGUCUUUUUAUCCUCGGAUGUGAUUUCCUUCCCUGGGACAAACGAUAUUCUAUUCUAUAUAUCUGAAGUAGGUCAUCUGAUUUUAGCAAACUUCUUUGUUGAAAAUUCUAACGGAAGUUAUAUUCUCAAGAAACUUCCAUCUGUCAAAUUUCCACAAACUACUUCAGGCGUACCGAUUAACGUAUACUCGGAUAAAGGUUAUUCGAAUCAAGAAGACUAUUUGUUGUCAACUUCAACGAAUGGUUGUUCUAGUCUAUUCGAUUUAAGUACACCGACUAAAUUCGGAUGUAUUGAUCUGGAUGCACAGUCGUCUGCUGCAGAUCGUACAAAUGUUUGCUAUAGUCAAACUGGUGCGCAAUGGACUACGCCUAAUUCAUCCUCGACAACAACGACGACAACAACAACAACUGCGUUAUUGAUUAACUCAGAUUUGGAACAGGCUGUUGAUGCUACUACACCUCGUCGGCAAUGUGAAAGUGACUCAAAAAAUUUGAGUAGAAAUGAAGUCGACAAUGAGUCACCAUCUAAUACAAGGUCGAAGUUCUUAGGACAAAUCGUUUCUGAACUGUUAGAUAAAUCAAAAACCAGGGUAAAUACAUCUGAGAAUGAAGAGAUUAUUAUUCAUGGGCAUAAUCUAUCCGAACUGGAACGUUUUGUCAACCACUUUCGACAGUUUCGAUUGCGUCUAGGAUUAUCGCAAGUACAGUUGAGUGCACAACUAGCAAAGCAUUAUAACAAUAAAGCAAUAUUCAGUCAAACGCUUUUAUCUAGAUUUGAAAAACUCAGUAUCACCGUUAGAUCUGCCUACCGAUUAUUGCCUUAUUUAAAACGUUGGAUUGCUCAUGCUGAACAAAAACAAUGCAGUAAAAUUGUUGCAGAGAAAUUACCAGUCUUCCAUUGUUCUAUUCCUGUCCGCGCUGUAGGCAAUGCUCGAGUUAAUAUGUUAGCUCGUUUAGGCCAAAGUCAUAGCAAUAAUAAUAGUGAAAAUAAUAAUGGUAAUAAUAAUAAUAAUAAUUCCGAAAAUCCAUCUGUUUUGGCUCUUGUUACAAAGCAGGGUAAGAAUAACAACGAUAAUGUAAGUAGUACUCCUUCAGUUUCAGAGAAUAUCAAUCCUGAUAUAUCUGAAUCACCGUGUAAAUUAACAGAUCCACAGCAAAAGCGAAGACGUCGUCGACGGACUUAUUUUUCCACGGAAGCUCUAUCAAUACUGACGGAGUUUUAUGAGAAGAACUCUAGACCAAAAGGAGCUGAUUUUGGUGCAUUGGCAACUCGUAUAGGAUGUGAUAGAGAAUCUGUUCGUGUAUGGUUUUGCAAUAGACGUCAAUUCGACCAACAGUGUUCUAAGAAAGGAUAA